CCCCCACCCCCACCCCAAACAAACGAGUCCCCAAUUCUCUACCGUCCUCGCCGCGGGCAGCGGGCGGCGGAGGCAGCGCGCCGCGGUCGCCGGGAGCUGGGAGCCCAGGGCGCCCGCUCCUCGGCGCAGCAUGUUCCAGCCGGCGCCCAAGCGCUGCUUCACCAUCGAGUCGCUGGUGGCCAAGGACAGUCCCCUGCCCGCCUCUCGCUCCGAGGACCCCAUCCGUCCCGCGGCGCUCAGCUACGCCAACUCCAGCCCCAUAAAUCCGUUCCUCAACGGCUUCCACUCGGCUGCCGCCGCCGCCGCCGGUCGGGGCGUCUACUCCAACCCGGACUUGGUGUUCGCCGAGGCGGUCUCGCACCCGCCCAACCCCGCCGUGCCAGUGCACCCGGUGCCGCCGCCGCACGCCCUGGCCGCCCACCCCCUGCCCUCCUCGCACUCGCCACACCCCCUCUUCGCCUCGCAGCAGCGGGACCCGUCCACCUUCUACCCCUGGCUCAUCCACCGCUACCGAUAUCUGGGCCAUCGCUUUCAAGGGAACGACACAAGCCCUGAGAGUUUCCUUUUGCACAACGCGCUGGCCAGAAAGCCGAAGAGGAUCCGAACCGCCUUCUCCCCGUCCCAGCUUCUAAGGCUGGAACACGCCUUCGAGAAGAAUCACUACGUGGUGGGCGCGGAAAGGAAGCAGCUGGCACACAGCCUCAGCCUCACGGAAACUCAGGUAAAAGUAUGGUUUCAGAAUCGAAGAACAAAGUUCAAAAGGCAGAAGCUGGAGGAAGAAGGCUCAGAUUCGCAACAAAAGAAAAAAGGGACGCACCAUAUUAACCGGUGGAGAAUCGCCACCAAGCAGGCGAGUCCGGAGGAAAUAGACGUGACCUCAGAUGAUUAAAAACACAAACCUAACCCCACAGAUACGGACAACACGAAGCAAAACAGAGACAGGGAGAGGAGGAGAAGAAAAAGAAAGAAACCCCUACAAAACAAAAACAAACCGCACACACAUUGACCGAGAAAGGGAGAGGGAAUUGAGGGAGCAGCGGCGCGUAGCGAAGACUUUGGGCAGCGGGGGCACAGGGUCCCGAUCGGCCGCACCGAGAUGGCAGAGGACGGAGGCUCCUUCAUCAACAUGCAACCCUCGUCUAAAGAGGCAGCUGAGUGAGUGAGUGAGAGAGACAGAGAGAAGGGGGGGAGAGAAAGAGAGAGAGAGAGAGAGUUCUAUCCGAAUGUGGCAACCUGAACGUGCGCUCUGACAAGGGGAGCUGUCAGUCACACACCAAACUAGCGAGACGAGAUGAUUGGCAGGUAUUCCGUUUAUCACAGUCCACUUAAAAAAUGAUAAUAAUGAUGAUAAAAAAAACAAACAACCCAACCAGACACAGGACUUUUUAUUUUGCACUUCGCAGUGUUUUCCCCCCAAUCUUUAAAAAUAAUUAGUAAUUGCAAAUGAAAAUUCCACAUCUAGCCCCAUCCCACACCUGUUUCAAAAUCUUGAAUUGCAUGUAGCAGUUUUUGGGCAAAUGGUGUCUAAAGACAGAAAAUUAAUUGUAAUUUUCUUUUCCUUUUAAAGACAGGUUCUGUGUGCUUUUCAUUUUGAUUUAUUUUCCAAGAAAUGUGCAGUCUGUAAACACUUUUUGAUACCUUCUGAUGUCAAAGUGAUUGUGAAAGCUAAAUGAAGUAGGCUCAGCGAUAGUGGUCCUCUUACAGAGAAAUGGGGGAGCAGGACGGGGGGCUGGGGGUGGUGGGGGAGGGUGCCCACAAGAAGAGUCAGGACUUGUACUGGAAAAAAAUGCUAAAUUAAUUGUAUUUCUUGGACAUUCCCUUUCCUAACAUCCUGAGGCUUAAAACCAUGAAGUAAACUCCUUUCAGUGGUUGGAGAAAUUGGCUGAGUUCAACCAUCCACUGUAAUGGCCAUUCCAAACUUUAAAUCUAUCUGUUGCAAAAACUGAAGGACUGUAGUCAGCGGGGAUGAUGUUAAGUGUGGCCAAGCACACGGCGGCAAGUUUUCAAGCACUGAGUUUCUAUUCCAAGAUCAUAGACUUACUAAAGAGAGUGAUAAAUGCUUCCUUAAUGUCUUCUAUACCAGAAUGUAAAUAUUUUUGUGUUUUGUGUUAAUUUGUUAGAAUUCUAACACACUAUAUACUUCCAAGAAGUAUGUCAAUGUCAAUAUUUUGUCAAUAAAGAUUUAUCAAUAUGCCCUCAGAGUA